AACCUCGACCAGCACUUGAACAGGCAGCAGUGCCCUUUGCUGGUGCACGACCAUCUCCUGCCUUAAGUGCGAACAUGUCAUCCCCUACGGACCCCCCGACACGCGCAAGAGAAGUCGAUCAAGACUAUGACGAGAAUGCGAUCCGAAAGCGGGAACAGGCGCGCUUGAAAGCAAACGGGGAUGGUGAUGAAGGGGAAGAAGAAGAAGAAGAAGAAGACUUGGAAGGCGGAGGGGGGGAUAAUGAUGACGAAGAGGAGGACGAAGAAGAGGACGAGGACGAGGAUGAUAGAGGUAGACCGAAGAAGAGGUCAAAGCACAAGCAUAGGAGGUUUGUAAAAUCUUUCGUGGAUCUUGAAGCUGAAGUAGAGGACGAAGGAGAAGAGGACGAAGAGGACGAAGGAGCCAUAGGCGAAUACCGGGAUUUCAUCGACGAGAGCGAGGUGCAAGAGAGUGCAGCAGCUCGACGCGCACAUAUGCAGCAUCAGCAGCUUGAUCGACGCGAGCGGGCGAUGCACGACAUGGAAGCGACUGAACUUGCAGAUUAUUUCCGGAAUCAGGCUAAGCAAGCUAAGGCGACGCGCUAUACGGGCGACUUGGAUCAGGUACCGCAGCGCUUGUUGAUGCCUAGUGUCAACGAUCCGUCGCUGUGGCAAGUCCGAGUGCGGCCUGGUCGAGAGCGCGACAUCGUGUUCUCCCUUAUCCGAAAAGCCCGCGACCUCGAGUACACGAAUCGUCCUCUGGAGAUCAUGUCCGCCUUCGAGCGCUCCUCUCUCCCAGGGAUGAUCUACGUCGAAGCACGCAGCGCAGCCCACGUUCGUUCCGCAGCCCACGGCCUGGUCGGUGUAUUCGUCAGCAGCCCCAUCAACCUCGUCCCGAUCGAGGAGAUGGCGAGCCUCCUCCGGAUCAAAAAGAAAGAAGUGAACAUCGACGUCGGAAGCUGGGUGCGUAUCAGGCGCGGGAGGUAUCAAGGCGAUCUCGCCCAAGUGACGGACGUCGUCGAACCCGGCGAACGAUACACUGUCAAGUAUAUCCCGCGUAUCGACGUUAGUCCUCAAGAUGAGGACAAGUCAUUAGGCAACAAGGCUGUCGCAGGCAAGAAACGUGUCCGCAACGCUCUGAUCAACACUGUCCAGGGGCGCCCUCCGCAAAAGUUCUUCAACAUGGAGGAGAUCACCCGUGUGUACGGCAUUAGGUCCGUCAACCGGACUAAAAAUCGCACGUUCACUUUCCAGGGAGACGAAUACUAUAAUGGCUACUGUCUUAAGGAGUACAAGGCCAAUCAGCUCGCAGUGGACGAUGUACAACCGACGUUGGAGGAGAUCACCAAGUUCAGCGGGCCCGGAGCCGACGAUGAAGGCGUAGCCAACAAGAUGGACCUCAACGCCAUCCGCGAAGCGGCACAGCGCCGCGCUACUGCUGUGCUCCAACCAGGAGAUAGCGUCGAGGUAUUCGAAGGUCAGCAAUCUGGCGUAUACGGUGUACUGCAGAGCAUGUCAGGGGACAACGUGCUCAUCCAGCCCAGUCUGAAGGAUAUGAGCGAAGUGAUCGAGGUACCUGCCAAGAGCGUCCGAAAGCGUUUCCUAGUGGGAGAACACGUCAAGGUCAUGUCUGGCAAGAAUGUGGACGAGACUGGCCUGGUGAUUAUGGUCGAUGGGAAUACUGUCACCUUUUUGUCGGAUACGAACCAGCAGGAGAUCACCGUGUUCGCGAAGGAUUUGCGUACGGCUGCGGAAGUCGGAACGUCGAAUAAUACCGUUGGGAAUUACGUCCUUCAUGAUCUUGUUUCCCUAGACCAAACUACUGUUGGGGUGAUCUUCCAAACGGGACGCGACUCUUUCCGUGUGCUUGAUCAGUACGGCACAGUGCACAACGUUCAUCCUCAUCAGAUCGCGAUGAACCGUAAUACGGCGAAGUCGAUCGCGCUUGACCAUAAUCGGGAGACGUUCAAGCAGGGCGAUAACAUGGUCGAGGUUGACGGAGCUGGCCGCUCCGGUGUCGUCCUCCACGUCUACUCCUUCUCUGCCUUUCUUCACAACAGGACUAUCAAGGAAAAUGGGGGCGUGUUUGUUGCCCAGAGCAGCAACCUCAGUCGUCCAGAUGCUGUAAAGAGGCGCGCGUUCAACCCCAGCCAGCCGAAUCUGAGCAGCAUGUCGAUCGGUGGUCCUACACCCACUAACCGUGGUGAUCGGAGACUGAUUAAUGUGCUCGUUACCAUCGUUAAAGGCAGCUAUAAAGGCUAUGCUGGGACGAUCAAGGAUGUCAAUGGGACCCAAUGCCGGGUGGAGCUGCAGUCCACAAGGAAGGUUAUUACGAUUGAGCAGGAACAUCUACGGAGAAAGGAUCAAAAUGGUGCUUUGAGGACCCUCAGCGAGCCUACGGACUUUGGAGGACGCGACUGGCGAUCUGGCGGAGGUGGAGGUGGAGGUGGUCGUGGAGGGUUCUCGAACAGGGCUAGCGAAUAUGGGCGCAACGGCAGUCAGACUCCUUCCGGUGGUCGAUACGGUGCAGGCGGAAAGACACCUGGCUGGAGCGCAGCUGUUGGUCGUACGCCAAAUCCUUACGCUGAUGGCGGCAAAACACCCGCCUGGAGCUCUUCGUCGAAAACGCCCAAUCCAUACGCGACAGACGGUGGCAAGACACCGGCUUGGAGCAGCAGCUCGAAGACGCCUAACCCCUAUGCUCAGGAGGGCGCGAAAACCCCUGCAUGGAACACUUCAUCCCGGACGCCUAAUCCAUACGCUGCUGCUAACGCCGGAGGAGAUGCGUGGAAUUCUUCCUCGCGCACUCCGAAUCCUUAUGCGCGAGAAGGAGGACGUACACCUGCUGCUGGCAGAUCUGUACCUGGCGGCGAUGCUAACUCUGGCGGUUCAGAACGGGGUACCAGAAACGGGGACUCCUAUGGCGGAAGAUCUCCUUCACAUGGGACGAAUUGGGCUACUCGUGACAGUAAUACCGGCAUGGGAGGCUAUGACAGUGCGCCUACCCCGGCAGUUACAGCACCUACACCAUAUGGUAGUGCACCCACACCGGGACCAUAUGGAGCGCCGACUCCUGGGCCAUACACAGCGGCAACGCCGUACGGCGCGCCGACGCCUGCGCCUUAUGGAGCGCCGACCCCGUACGGUGGACCAACUCCUGGCCCUCUGGGCGCACCGACCCCUGCUUGGAAUUCAUUGUCGGCACCUACGCCUGGUGCUGCUGCUGCAGAUGAUCGCAAAGACUACUUGCUUGGUGCUCAUGACAUCAUCGUGAGAAUCGUGCCCAAGUACACCAGUCAUGGCCCGGAGUCUUGGCGAGGGCUAGUUCCUGAAGGUAGCACUGGUCGCAUCAUUUCAACAUUACCACUCGAUCAAGGCUUCCAGUCUACAGCAAGUGUCAGAGUGAUCACCAGCCCGGAUAGCAACGCCAUCGGCACGGAACAGACUGUACCCCUGGAACACCUUGAACCGGUACCUCCUGAGGAAGGAGGUCGCGCAUAUGUUCUUCAAGGCGAGUUUAAGGGGAUGACCGUAACGGUCCAGACUAUUGACGAAGAAGAUGCGUAUGUGAUUACUGGGACCGGCCAGUACCCUCAGAUAUCAGCUAAGUUUGUCGCCAAGCUCCAUGAAGAGUAGAAUGGAAUUCUUCCUUGGGCUUGUGCGGGCAUUGUGCGGCAAAUACAUAGGACUACAUGCUGAAUUCUUGUUCUGUAAGUCGAUUGAAUAAACAUGUAUAUGUA